GUCGUUUCACGAUCACUCAUAAAGCUCGCCUUCGGACGAUCAAGCAUUACAGAGUCCGUGAAACAUUCGGUGGCGCACUUCUAAAAAUUGUCUUUCGUUCUCGAUCAUUCGCACUUUCUUCUCCUCCGCGAAACAAGAAAAAAGAAACGCCUUACUGCAACUUACGCUGCACUCAGGACCGCGAUACUGUGAAGUUCGUCUGUGAAGCAACUUCUCUGUUCAAUUUCGUAUUUUCAAGAUCGAAGAUGACUGUUGAAGAAAUCGCGUAGAGUUACUGUGAUCGCUGAUCGUUCGCAAAGUCGAGCAACACAGAGAAAUUUAUCGGCUUGAGUCGUAGCUCUUUUUUUUUUUUUUUUUUUUUUUUUUUUUAUUACAAAAAUGGGAAUAUUUGUUAAAGCAUGGACGAUUAUUCUGCUAGUGAAACUCUCGUACGCCGGGAAAUCGGUCGACGUGAUAACGUCCAGCAGCUUGAACACCCUAGAAGAGGAAGAGAUACUUCGAGUUUUGUCGCAAAAUGAGAGCACGUCGGUGAACAAUUUCACGCUGAUCGAGCUGAUCGACAACCGGAGGAAUCGCACGAUCGAGACGGAGGACACAUGGCACGAGGAAAAGCUGAGUGUUCCACACACCAAUUUCUACUAUGAUGAUUACUCCGAGGAAAUUGAUCGAGAAGCAAGGAGAUUGUUGCAAGUUCUCCCAGCUUUCGACUCUGGCGUUGGACGAGUAAGUCCAGAAUGCAAGAGGCACACUGAAAUCUUUCACAGAGAGCUUGCCAAGUUCACUUUAUGGGCCCUUAAAAUGUACGAUGCAACGGCGAAAAUACCGUCUGGCCUUCUAAACGGAAAUGUAAAUCAAUUUGGCGACUACGACGAGUGCGUUGAAAUCGAAGGAAACGACGGGAUUCAAGGACAAUACUGCUUGGCGUAUCUUCAGUUAAGCGUCGACGAGUCGCGUCUGGAUUUGAAGCAUCUUCAUCGGCUGAUACAUUCUCAUUACGCGUUCAGAAGCAACAUUACCGAUCCUGGACAUCGUGUACCUCGAUUUAAUAUAGUAAAUUGGGCAGUCUGUACACCAGCAUCAUGUAGUUUCAAAGACGUUGAAACGUCUAUUCACGAAAUGCUUACUAGAUACACUUCACAAACUGGUCUAAAAGUUACAGUGAAGGUGAACAAAGAUAUGUGUCAAGUAAAGAAUAAAGAACCUGUACCAAACGAAACUAUAUUUGUUAGCUUGCUCGUCAUGGCUAUAUUUGUCUUAACAAUCGUAGCAGCACUUUAUGAUCAUUACAAAAUACCAGCGAGUGAACUAUUAUUAUCGUUUUCUUUGAAACGUAAUUUUAAAAAGCUUGUAUCAUUAGAACGAAGGCAGAAUGACAUAGCUACACUUCAUGGCAUACGAGCUAUAAAUGCACUAAUGCUGCUUUUGGCUCAUAAAAGCAUGGCUCUCUUUUUUAAUCCUUAUGCAAACAGAACGGAGAUGAGCGAAUAUCUUGGUAAACCAUGGACAGUCAUAGGAAGAGCUGCCAGUCUUUACACAGAUCCAUUUAUAAUGCUUUCUGGCCUUUUGACAUCAUAUUCUUUUAUUGGAAAAUUAAAGAAGACUGGCAACUUGGAUAUAAAAGAUGAAUAUAUAUCGCGCUUGAUCAGAAUAGUACCACCUUUGGCAACUUUGAUAUUGUUAUGCACUUAUGUAAUACCUUACAUCGGUUCUGGACCACAAUGGAACUUGGUGAUAACUGAACAUGCAAAUAUUUGUAAAAAUACAUGGUGGAGAAAUUUUCUAUUCAUCCAUAAUUAUUUUGGAUUUGAAUCUAUGUGCCUCACACAUACUCAUCACUUAGGCAUAGAUGUUCAACUAUUCAUUUUUUCACCUUUAAUGGUGCUUCUCCUUUAUAAAAAGCCAAAGAUUGGAGCUAUCAUUCUUACUGUGUUUGCUCUAUUUUCAACGGCACUUCGAUAUUUUGUAACAUAUUACAGAGAAUUAAGUAAUUAUAUCUUCUUUGGUACCUCAAUAAAACAACUAUUCGAUACUGCAGAUUUUUCAUAUACCCUACCUUCGCAUAGACUGACAGUUUAUAUAAUAGGAAUUUUUAUGGGAUAUUUGUUAAGACAUUUACCUAAGGAUUAUAAGAUAAAUAAAGUAGUUCUUUACACAGGUUGGAUUCUAUGCACAAUAAUGUGCUGCUGUGCAUUUUUUGGACCUGCAGGUAUGGGAUCUAUAAAUUAUAUAUACAACCCAAUAGAUGCAGCAAUGUAUAAUGCAUUUGCACCUAUUGGUUGGUGUGCCAUUUUCGCAUGGGCAACUGUAAUGUACCAUACUGGAAAUACAAACGAUUGGUUCACUAGAUUUUUAGCAUGGAAAGGAUUUUUGAUUACCACAAGGCUGAGUUAUGCAAUAUAUUUAACUCAAUUUCCAAUAUACUUUUAUAAUGUUGGAAGAACUCGAAGUGCAGAACAUUUUGCAUUCUUUAGCAUGCAAUUCGACCUAAAUGAAUUUUUAUGCAUUAUUGUUUUAUCAAUAAUUCUUACUUUAUUAGUUGAUACACCAUUUCAAAAUAUUAAAAGUUAUUUAAUGAAAAAAUCGCCAGAAGCAACAAAACAAUUAUCGAAAGUACAAUAAUUUUUUUUACCAAAUAAUUAUAAUUUAAUCAAAAAUACUGUAAAUAGCAUCUACAAAUUUUAUUUCAUUGUUAGUCAAAUGAAAUCCUAUAGCUUGCCCUCAUAUACAAUGUAUAUGACAGCUAAGAACAAUUAUAAUUUAUAUAAAUA